CAAUCUGUACAGCAGCUCUUCAGAUCAAGUCGAGUCAAGUCCACAUACUUUCUAACGACAGCCAGGUAGACAGGUGACUCCAGCUGCAGUAUAAAGCUUCACCUGUACAGGCUCAGAGUUUUAUCACGUGUCAUUCUCACUGUCCGCUGGUCCGUGAACGUUACUGUGUGAACAUGGGACGGAAAGUGACUCUGGCAACUUGCUCAUUGAACCAGUGGGCUUUGGACUUUGAAGGCAACCUGCAGAGGAUCCUGAAGAGUAUCGAGAUAGCGAAAGCUCAUGGAGCCAAAUACAGGCUGGGCCCAGAGCUGGAGAUAUGUGGUUAUGGCUGUGCAGACCACUUCUAUGAGUCGGAUACACUGCUCCACAGCUUUCAGGUCCUGAGGAAGCUUCUGGAGUCUCCUGUCACCCAGGACAUCAUCUGUGAUGUGGGCAUGCCCAUCAUGCAUCAUAAUGUGCGCUACAACUGUCGGGUCCUAUUCCUCAACAGAAAGAUCCUGCUGAUCAGACCUAAAAUGCAGAUGGCCAACCACGGGAUCUACAGAGAGAUGCGCUGGUUCUCUCCCUGGAACCAGUUAAGGCAUGUGGAGGAGUACUUCCUGCCCAGGAUGAUCCAGGAGGUAACAGGGCAGGACACAGUCCCAUUCGGUGACUGUGUGCUGUCCACAAAGGACACCUGCAUCGGCACUGAGACAUGCCAGGAGCUCUGGAACCCCAGAAGCCCCCAUAUUCAGAUGGGUCUGGAUGGGGUUGAAAUCUUUACUAACUCCUCUGCCAGCCACCACGAGCUCCGCAAAGCUGACCAGAGAGUCAACCUGAUCAAGUCAGCCACCACCAAGAGCGGAGGUAUCUACUUGUACGCCAACCAGAGGGGCUGCGAUGGAGACCGUGUCUACUAUGAUGGUUGUGCCAUGGUGGCCAUCAACGGAGACAUUGUAGCUCAGGGAGCACAGUUCUCACUGAAUGAUGUGGAGGUGAUUACAGCCACUCUAGACCUUGAGGAUGUCCGUAGCUACAGAGGAGAAGUUUGCCAGCCCAACAUGGAAAGUGAACCCAAACCAUGCCACAGGAUCAAAGUUGACUUCUCUUUAUCCAGUUGUGAUGACGUCUACCUCCCUACUCACCAGCCAAUGACAUGUUACUUUCAUACACCAGAGGAAGAGAUCAGUUUAGGGCCGGCCUGCUGGCUGUGGGACUACCUGAGGAGAAGUGGACAGGCUGGUUUCCUGUUGCCUCUGAGCGGAGGAGUCGACAGCUCCUCCACCGCCUGUAUUGUCCACUCAAUGUGUGUGCUGCUCUGCCAGGCUGUAGAGGACGGCAACAGCCAGGUGCUGGAGGAUGUUCGCAGGGUGGUGGGGGAUGAAUCCUACCAUCCUCAGCACCCAAGGGAGCUGUGUGGUCGCAUCUUCACCACCUGCUACAUGGCCAGCGAAAACUCGUCAGAGGACACAUGCAGCAGAGCCAAAAGCCUGGCCAAUCAGAUCGGCAGCACACACAUGAAUAUUAACAUAGACAUGGCGGUGAAAGGCAUUCUGGGUAUCUUCUCAGUGGUCACUGGGAGGUGGCCUCAGUUUCGCGCCAAUGGAGGAAGUCACAGAGAAAACCUGGCUCUGCAGAACGUACAGGCUCGAGUCAGGAUGGUCCUGGCCUACCUGUUUGCCCAGCUCAGUCUGUGGGCUCGUGGGAAGCCAGGUGGAUUACUGGUGCUGGGCUCAGCCAACGUAGAUGAGAGUCUGACAGGGUAUUUCACAAAGUACGACUGCUCCAGUGCCGACAUCAACCCAAUAGGAGGCAUCAGCAAGACAGACCUGAAGAGCUUCCUGCUGUACUGUGCCGAGCAGUUCCAGCUCACUGCUCUGAGAGGUAUCCUGUCCGCUCCGCCCACAGCUGAACUGGAGCCACUGACAGAUGGACAGGUGUCGCAAACAGAUGAGGCAGACAUGGGGAUGACUUACUCUGAGUUAUCUGUGAUUGGACGACUGAGGAAGAUCUCCAAGUGCGGCCCCUUCAGUAUGUUCUGUAAACUCAUCCACAUGUGGAAGGAUGCGCUCUCACCCACAGAGGUGGCCCAGAAGGUGAAGCACUUCUUCCGGAUGUACUCAGUGAACCGCCAUAAGAUGACCACAGUGACACCUUCCUACCACGCCGAGAGCUACAGCCCCGACGACAACCGCUUUGACCUCCGACCUUUCCUCUACAACACACGCUGGACCUGGCAGUUCAGGUGCAUCCAAGACCAGGUGUCCCAGAUGGCAGCAAACACUCCACAGCAAUAAGAACAUCAGGUCUUCAGUGUCCAGAGAAAAGCCAUCACAACUUUGACGGAUUAAAAAGAUCAGUCACAGUUUCAGUUAAGCCAAAUAGUUUGUAUUGUACAUAGGAUCAAGCAUGUGAAACAAUCAUUACUCUGGGCCUAAACAGGACCUUUGUUCUACCUCAGUUUGUGACUGUUGAUGACAUGCUGUCAUUCCCAAACCAUGCUAAGAAAUAUGAGAUCAUUUCAAGUCUUUUGUCAUGUGAAAUGCAGUAAUGCAGUCAUUUGUGGGAAACUAUGCAACAUAUUGAACAUGAAACUAUCAGUGCCAGUCAAGGUACUGGUGUAGGAAAUUAGCUUUGGCUGUAUACAUGUGUACAGCACAUUUGACUCUGCUUCUGCAGCUGUCUGUGUUUCUCUAUACUUGUCCCUUACAAAUUAAAAACACUAAUAAUAAUUUAAAAAAUUAACAGUAAUUUACUCACAGCGUAAGAAACAGUGACUGUGCCUCCUUUCUGAACCUUUCAUGUGAUCAACUAGAACAACUAUUUCUCAUUAUAACUCUUUUGGAGGUCGAAUGUCAAUAUUAUGAGUGACAAAGCGCUACAGGGGUUUUCAAAGUUGAUGUCUGAUUUCUUCUAAAUGUGAUCAUAAAUAUUAGUCAUAUCAGUAAUAUGGCACUAAAACCAACAACAUCAACAAAAAGCUUUAAAGGUCCAGUGUGUAAGAUUUAGGGGGAUUUAGUGACAUCUAGUGGUGAGGA